CGCCCGGCGCUGCUGGCCCUGUGGAAACCCUGCGUGUCUGAAACGGAUUAUGGAACCAUACACCAUGCUGUUCCAGUAAACACCCCAGCGCAACCGUGAUAUCCUGGUUUUAAAACAUCUGCAACAAAGGGCACAGUACUUUUCUAUUAGUAACGCAGAUACUUCAUCCUGCUCUGAGAACCAACGCAAUGGCCUUACUCCCAGUGAUGGUGCUUCUGGCUGCUGUCCUGAUUCCAUCUUUACCUACAGAAGGAAAGGAUCCAGCCUUUUCUGCUUUGGUAACCACUCAAACGCAAAUCCAAAAAGAGAUUGUAAAUAAACACAAUGAAUUAAGGAAAUCAGUCUCUCCACCUGCCAGCAACAUGCUAAAGAUGGAAUGGAACAGAGAUGCAACAACAAAUGCCCAGAAGUGGGCAAACAGGUGCACUUUAGAACACAGUAAACCCGAGGACCGGAAACUCAGUGUAAAAUGUGGUGAGAAUCUCUUUAUGUCAAGUGACCCUACUGCCUGGUCAACUGCAAUCCAAAGUUGGUACGAUGAGAGCGAAGAUUUUGUCUAUGGUGUAGGGCCAAAGCCUGCCAAUGCCGUGGUUGGGCAUUAUACCCAGCUUGUUUGGUAUUCAUCUUACCAAGUUGGAUGUGGAAUUGCUUAUUGCCCAAAUCAAGAGAGUCUAAAAUACUACUACGUUUGCCACUAUUGUCCUGCCGGUAACAAUGUGAAUAAAAAGAACACCCCUUACCAACAAGGAACACCCUGUGCCAGCUGCCCCGGUAACUGUGAGAGCGGCCUGUGCACCAACAGUUGUGCCUAUGAAGAUUUGCUUAGUAACUGUGAUUCCUUGAAGAAAACAGCUGGCUGUGGACAUGAUUUGCUCAAGGAAAAGUGCAAGGCUACUUGCUUAUGCGAAAACAAAAUUUACUGAAAAACUCAACCUUGCAACAUGCAAGACUAAGUGGAGAAGGGCUUCAUCCUUUAAUUGACACAUCCCAGGAGGGAAAUUGUAAGCAUGUUAGUUACAAAUUUGAAUCCAAAUAGUAAUGCAUCUUUUUCUCUUGGAUCUUCACAGAAAUCUCUUUCAUACAUCUAUUUACAAAAACAGUGUAGUCCAUGACCACAGCUUUGGACUGAUUGAUAAACUUGAUACUUUAAAGUUAAUGAGUUAAAUCAAGCUGAGGAUUUUUAAAGUUGUAUAACUAUAGGAUUUAAAAGGUCACUAGAAUUUCAGACUAAGAUGAAGAAUUAUCUGUUUCCUGAAACAACUUGGAAAAAACCAACUGUAACAUCAUUGUCAUUCCUACUACAUGACUUUUUAUGUGUAUAAAGAAUGAAUUCAAAGAUUGAAUCUGGCUUUGUUGUAUGGUCUCCUUUCUAAACAAAAGUAAUCAGCUUUUAGAAUAAAGAACUUAUCUAAGCAAC